AGGUCUGUUCCUGUAGAUGCUGAAGUCACUAUCACAUCAGUUCAUCAAUAAAUACUGUGAAGAAGUCAAACAAGCAGCUGCUGUCACAACACAUUCAACUACUCUACUAUUCUGAUCCACUGUUGUAAUGAUGGAGUGUGUUAAAGAGGAGACUGAUCCUGAAUCAUUCACAAUAACACCUCAACAUACUCAACAACAAAGAGGUCUAAUGGAAGUGAAAGGGGAAAUUCAAAGACAAAAUGAAAUGAAGGAUGAACAUCAGCACGACAAUUUUAUAAGUCAAGAAAAUUUCUCACAAACUGACGGGGAUUCAUCUCAAGAAAGAGCAGAAGCCAAAAUCUCUUUUGCGUGCCAUGUUAAUGGUGAGACAUUUUCACAAAAAGGACAUUUAAAUGUUGACUUAAAGACUUACCCAGAAAUAAAGCUAUACACCUGUCCUCAGUGUGAUAAAUGUUUUAAACAACAAAGAAGUCUUAAUGCUCACAUAAAGACUCAUACAGGAGAAAGGCCAUACCCCUGCCCUCAGUGUGGACAGUCCUACAAAGAAAAAAGGCACCUUAAGGAGCAUUUAGUGAUUCACACUGGUGAGAAGCCUUUCACGUGCCCUCAGUGUGAUAAGUGUUUUUUACGAAAAAGAAAUCGUAAUGUUCACCUUAAAACUCACAUCGGAGAAAAGACAAACACAUGUGAAACAUCCUCGAAAGAACAUAAAAUAAGUCAAAGUGACCACAAACCUUUCUCUUGCCCUCAAUGUGGAAAGAGUUUUACUCAAAGAGGAACCCUUAAUGUUCACAUGAGGAUUCACAGUUUUAAUGGGCCCUACACCUGUCCUCAUUGUGGGAAGAGUUUAACAACAAAACCACAUUUAGAGAAUCACAUACGAGUUCACACUGGAGAGAAACCAUUCAGGUGCCCGCAGUGUGAUAAAGGUUUUAAACAACGUGGACAUCUUUUGUGUCACAUACGAAUUCAUACAGGUGAGAAGCCAUCUGUGUGCCAUCUGUGUGGUAAGAGUUACACACAGGCAAGAAAUCUCAAAUUUCAUCUGCUGUCUUACCAUUGUGUAGAAACCCCCUAAAUGUGCUCACAUUGUGUAAAGAGUUUUAUUGAGUCUGUGACGCUGAUAAAACACAAGUGACUGUAUACUGGAGAGAAGCUGCAUCGCUGUCAUUCAUGUUGGAGAAGUUUCAGACGAUCACACAGCUGCAGACUCACAGAGAAAAGCGCUGUCUGCAGUAUUCCAAAAUAUAUUCAAGUGGUGAAACUUGUUCUUGUAACUCAUCUUGUAGAGCAUUAUGUUAGCAGUGCAAAAGGUCAUGGGUUCAAUCCCAGGAACACUUAUUUUGAUGAAAUGCUUUAAUGUAUUGUAUCUUGCUUUGGAUAAAAAUAUCAGACAAAUGCAUUAAAAUGUAAAUGUUUUUUUCAUGAUUUUUUUUAUGUCAAAGUAGCAGUAAUAUUAGAUUUGCACUCAUUAGAGUGAUGGUCAACUGAUCGAUUGUGACCACUGAAUCCUUCAAAACUCAUCUAAAGACACAACUUUUCUGCAUUCAUUGGAUUAUUCCUUAAUCACAACUUUCCACUGUUCACUUAAACAUUGCUUACAAUAUUAUUUAUGAACUCCUACGCUAUUUACUUCUGGCUUCAACACUAUUUCUACUUGUGAACAUAGCUUUGGGUACUAUGCUUAUUGUUGGUGCUUAAGACAAAAUGUUUAAUGCUCCUCCAUUUGUUUAAGAUAAAAGUGUCUGCUAAAUGAAUAAAUAUAAUUUAUUAUUGAUCUAAUGAGUUGAAUCAGGUGUAAGAUGAAGGAGAAGAGCUGAUUAUCACUAAUUUACUCAAUCUGAAAAAUUACAAACUAUCAAGAAAAAUGGAAAUAUACUCUGAGCUUCAUACAGCUGUGCUGGAACACUUAACUAGAUUAGUAUUCUUCUCCAUUUAGUUUUAUCUAUACAAGUGUGCCCUGGCUCUUAUGAGUUAUUUGUUCAUAAAUCAGUCUGCACUAGUUGUCAUGUUUCUUUUCAAGUUCAUCCAGUAAACAGUGAAAAAAGACAGAUGUGAUGUUUGCAAUAUUUUAAGAUAUACUUUAUUUCAUCAAUCUUUAAUUAAUUUUUUUGGUAUAUUUUUUUCAUAAAGUGUAGUUUAUUUUAUGUAAAUGUUAAUCGUAAUUAAGAUGCAGUGUUGUUCGUUGGUAGAGUCUAUUGUAAUGUGAGAUAUUUAAACUUAAAUAUAUUUAUUUUAACCAUGCAGUAAGAUUUGUAUAUUUUCUUUGCUGUAAAAGAUGAUAGUUCGUUAAUUUCGUUGCAUUUCACAAAUAUUA